CACCACUCAAACACCACUCUACACCAACUUCUAAACCACUGACCUGCCUAUUGUCCACUACAGUCCACUCACCAGUCCACUCUUUGUCCACUGUACCUGCCUAACUUCACUCACUGCCCCUAACACUUCCUAAACAUCGUAACUUCCGUAACAUCACGUCUCUUCUUUCCUCCUUCUUCCGACUUUCUCCUUGCUCUUUCUAUACCUGCGCCUUAUAAAACUCGGCUCGGAACCUCUCCUUGACCAACUACAAAUAUCCCACUCCUGCCAUUGGUCCAUUCACCUCUUCUCACCCACAAGUCACCCACAUCAUCACACAUCUGUUUGUCCUCUCACCACUCUUACUCCACACUCUCAUCUCUUAGCAGCCUCACGGUCCCGAGACUAGACCUUCCAUUCCAAAGAGUUACCCGUUUCUCUCCCGAAGAUACAAUCAUCGUCCCUCCAUGGCUCCUGUACUUAAAGAAGGCGAUGGCCCAACUCGUCGUCCUAUGACCCCUACUCCCGAUCCAUCACACCUUGGCCCUCGAUCUAAACAACUUGCAUCUGGAAAUCUGAACUACCACUCCACUUCACUGCGCACCAUGGUUUCCAACACCGUCAACAAGACCGCCCUGCACCCGGGUGGUGUUGCACCUUCUUUCGAGCACACUGAGCUCGAGGAGGAGCUCCACGAGAAGGCCAACCUCGACUAUGACCGCGUUGCCAUCGUCCCCAACCCCUCAGUCGCUGCCCUCUACGAAGAUGCCUUAGUUUACGAGACCGGUUCAGCCAUCACAUCGAGCGGUGCUCUUACUGCAUACUCCGGAAAGAAGACCGGCAGAUCUCCUCUCGACAAGCGUAUUGUCAAGGAGCCAUCUUCUGAGAACGAGAUCUGGUGGGGCCCUGUUAACAAGCCAAUGACUACUGAGGUCUGGAAGAUUAACCGCGAGAGAGCCAUUGAUUACCUCAACACAAGGAACCGCAUCUACGUUAUCGACGGUUACGCAGGAUGGGACAAGAAGUACCAAAUCAAGGUCCGCGUCGUCUGCGCGCGUGCCUACCACGCUCUGUUCAUGCGCAACAUGCUUAUCCGCCCGGAGAGAUCUGAGCUUGAGCACUUCCACCCCGAUUACACCAUCUACAACGCCGGUUCUUUCCCAGCAAACAGAUUCACUGAGGGCAUGACCUCCGCCACUUCGGUUGCCAUCAACUUCGCCGACAAGGAGAUGGUUAUCCUCGGUACCGAGUACGCUGGUGAGAUGAAGAAGGGUGUUUUCACAGUUCUCUUCUACGAGAUGCCGGUCAAGCACAACGUGCUCACCCUGCACUCCUCCGCCAACGAGGGCAAGGAUGGCGAUGUCACCGUUUUCUUCGGUCUCUCUGGUACCGGAAAGACCACUCUGUCUGCUGACCCCAACCGCCAGCUGAUCGGUGAUGACGAGCACUGCUGGUCCGACCGUGGUGUCUUCAACAUCGAGGGUGGCUGCUACGCCAAGUGCGUCGGCCUGUCCGCCGAGAAGGAGCCCGAUAUUUACGGCGCCAUCAAGUACGGCUCCGUCCUCGAGAACGUCGUGUUCAACCAAGAUACCCGCCACGUCGACUACGACGACAUCACCCUCACCGAGAACACCCGCUGCGCCUACCCCAUCGAGUACAUCCAGAACGCCAAGAUCCCCUGCGUCUCCUCCAGCCACCCCACCAACAUCAUCCUCCUCACCUGCGACGCGCGCGGUGUCCUCCCCCCCAUCUCGAAGCUCAACUCCGCCCAGACCAUGUUCCACUUCAUCUCCGGCUACACCUCCAAGAUGGCCGGCACCGAAGAGGGCGUCACCGAGCCCCAAGCCACCUUCUCCUCGUGCUUCGCCCAGCCCUUCCUCGCCCUCCACCCCAUGCGCUACGCCAAGAUGCUGGCCUCCAAGAUCGAGGAGCACAAGGCCAACGCCUGGCUCCUCAACACCGGAUGGGUUGGUGCCGGUGCCGCCACCGGUGGCAAGCGCUGCCCGCUCAAGUACACUCGUGCUAUCCUCGAUGCUAUCCACUCUGGUGAGCUCCAGAACGUCGAGUACGAGGUCUACGAUACCUUCAACCUGUCCGUCCCCAAGACUUGCCCUAACGUCCCAUCGGAGCUGCUUAACCCCCGCAACGCGUGGACUGCGGGUGAUGAGAGCUUCAAGGCUGAGGUCAACAAGCUUGGUGUUCUGUUCAAUGAGAACUUCAAGAAGUACUCUGAUGAGGCGACUGAGGAUGUUAUCGCUGCUGGCCCGAAAACGACUUAAGCGCCGUGUUUUAGAGACGUGGUCGCAUUGUUUUCCUAUUUUAAGGGAUUUUGAGUGGUAGUUGUUAAUGUCUUGAUGUCCAUGGCUUUUGAUAUUUGUGUUUUUGGGAAUUUUAGGGCGUUGAGAAGAAAAACAAGAUUGGAAGUGAAAGCUUUUCUUUUUUUAAAGUUUGCUGCCGUGUCUCCCUGAGAGGGUGAUUCACGAGGAAGGAAGGAUAGAGAGGAAGAGAGAUCGCGAGGUACCUGCUACUGCAUUGCGUUUUGCGUUUCGGCCGCAUUGCAUGCUUUUGAGAGAUGGGAUGUCCAUGUAACUCGUUCAUGAGCGGGUGAGGGAAUCUUAGAUGGGGUUGGGAGAGAUAAUAUUAAGACCUUUCUUCAAUUGCCG